AUGUCAGGUUAUUUAUUUUGUUUAAUCUUUUAUUUAGCAUUGGUUGACAAAGUUAUUAAAUCUGCUGCAAGCAUUGUUGGAAAAUCAUUAGAAUUUGCUAAGAUUGUUGUGGCUGGAGUCAGUGAUGUACUCGAUACAGUUGUAAAUCCAUUUAUUGGUCUCACUACAAAGUAUUUGAGAGCAAAGUUUUUUGAAGAAGAAUUUUCCCCACUGCAAGUGCAAGAAAUCAUUCUGGGAAAUGCAUUGGUUUACAAACAGAAAAAUGGAGUUUAUAAAUUAUCUGAAGUGCCAGACACUUUUGUGUUUGUUUCUGUAAUUGCACGCAUUCAACAAAUGCUGUUAAAUCAUGAUUUGGCUAAAAUUAUAACAUCAAAAAUUCCAACACUAGGAAAGACUGACAGAUAUUAUGAUGUUUUUGAUGGUACAUAUUUCAAGUCAUCCGAAUCUGCCAGCCCUUUCCUUUAUGUCAUUAUUUUUCAAGAUGCUGUGGAAAUAUGUAACCCAUUGGGAAAUAGAAGCGGGAAACAUAAAGUCGUCAAUUUUUAUUGGACCCUGUUAAAUAUACCUCCGAAAUACUGGUCAAAACUUGCUUCAAUGACCCUUUUUGCAAUGGUAAAGAAAAAGAUCCUGGACAAAUACUCCUUCCAGGAUGUUUUAUCUCCAUUUUUCAAAGAAAUGGAGCAGUUUAAAAAUGGUGUUGACUUUUUAAUAGAUGGAAAAUUACAGAAAUGUUUUGGGAAAGUCCUUCUCUGUCCUGGAGAUACAGAAGGACAGCAUCAAAUAGGUGGCUUCAAGGUUGGUGUGGGUUUUGCUUAUCGCAAGUGCAGAUUUUGCUAUGCCUUGGAGGCAGAUGUUCGAAAUAAUGUUGACCCAGGUUGUGUUAAUCAGCGCACUAGUUCAGUGUAUAUGCAGGAAUUUGAUGCCAUUGAAAAUGCUCCUAAUGAAAGAAUUAAAGGACAAUUGCAAACUACAUAUGGACUGAACAGUCGCUCUUGUUUGGGUAAACUAUGUAAUUUUGAUGUCACUAAACAAUUUUCACAUGAUAUAAUGCAUGUAGUUUUAGAAGGAGUUUUACCAUAUGAAUGCCAGCUUGCUCUAAGUGUGUUAAUGGAUCAAGGUUUGUUCACGUUGGAUGAAUUCAACCACAAAUUGAGUAUUUUUCCGUUUACAUACAGUGAUGCAAAAAGCAAACCAGAACCUCUGAAAAGAACUGUUUUUGUUAUGGGAGAACGUAAGUUAAAGUUCAGUGCAGAAAAUUCAAUAAUAAUUAUUAAAAUUCUCCCUUUCAUCCUAGAGAAUUUCGUAGAUACAGACGAUGUGUUCUACCAAUUUUUGAUGGAAUUAUCUAGCAUCACGUCCAUUCUCCUGUUAUAAGUGAGGGAACGCGUGGUUAUCUAGACCAACAGAUAAAGCAGCAUUUAAAAACCUUCAAAUCGCUUUUUGUUGAAAACAAUCUAAUCCCAAAACACCAUUAUUUACGGGAAAUUCCGAACUUAAUUCUUUUGUUUGGUUCACCCGUUAGAUACUGUUGUAUGCGAUUUGAAGCGUUACACAAAACAUUCAAGUCAUUUGUUCAAGUGAUAAACUUUCUACACUUGUGUGUAUCGUUAUCUGCCAAGUACAUAAAAUUUAUUACUGAGGGUAGUGAACAUCAGGAACAUGCAAUUUUAAAAUCUUCUCGUCAAGAUGGUCCUGCGCUUAGUUUAAAACGACUGAAGUACACCAGAUCAAAGAGAGUUUUGACAAUUUUCCAAUUGUUUACUCUCUAAACUGGAUUACAUUUAAUGGAACUAGGUUUAUUGCUAACCGUUGCGUACUUGCAGUGACUGUUGAUCCUGAGACACAUUUGCCUGUAUUUGGAAAACUUAAACAAAUAAUACUUUGUGGAGAACACGUUUUAUUUUUAUUAGAAAUACAUAAUACGUACUGUUUUGAGCUAAAGUAUAACGGUUACGUUAUAGAAAGUGACCACCUGGAUGCUAUAUAUGGUAUCAAUGAACUAUUAGACUACCACAUAUAUCAAAUUAUUGAAACCCUGGAAAGUACUCUGGUGAGAUACGAUCUCACGGACCUAAUAGAGGAGCAUUUGGAGGGAGCGAAUCCUCUGCACUUUUAAACUGUUUGUUCAUGUGUAUUAUUUAAUAUUUUAUAA